CUUAUCUCAGUCACUUCCACACUCUCUGGAUGUGUUGUUGACAGAUUUUAUGAUUGAUUUUUCUGAUAGCCAAUCGUAUCAUUCUGUACGUAUGUGUAUCCAAUCAGAGGCUGGCAAGGGCGGAGCGGGAACCUCGAGCGCCAGACUGUGCAGUGCCUAUCUGUCAGCUACAGUGUGUUAUCGCGAAUAUGAUUGAGCGUGGAGGAAAAAAUGUAUGAUUUUACAAACUGAGAUUUUCAAAUGAUUUACCGCGGACUUGGACUAAAACCUUACAUCUCAAAUUGUGCUUUGGACCCACGAGAGAAUACGGCAAGUUCUGGAUAGAACCAAGGAAAGGAAAAGGUCGGGAAGUUACGGAUCUUUGUUGUCCGGACAAGAGAGAGGGGCCCGAUUUCAGAGCAGCCAGUCUCGGGUGAAGUUAGCUAGCAAUCGCUACCAAGGAAGCCAGCAUCGUAAACCAGUUAGGAAGAGGAUAGUCCAGUUCUCUACAGGUUACGAGAUUACUCGUACAAUUAUUACCUUUAUGAAUGAGAGCUCUGGGAAACUGAUACAUAUAGGGUAUGUUAUUUAAUUCGUAUAUUGACCUCUGUCGUUGAUUUGACUUGACACUUGUCAACUAACCACGAAUAACUAGCUAACUAGCAUUACCAGCUAGGUACUCCUGUCUUGCCAGCCACGCAAAGCUGUUGUUCACGAGCUAGCAGUAGUUAGCUUGCUAGCUACCAUUCUGGCUAGCUGCCUAUUUACCCUUUAAUUACUAUAACAGGGUUGCUAACGAUCUAGUUUUAAAAAAUCAGGUUAUAAACAUUUUUUGUUUUGUGGGCUCAAUAUAGGCUGUAACGUUAUAACGUUAGAUGUUCUUGAUAACACUCACUUUCUUUGUUGCGAUAGCUAGCCCCUAAUGGCAUUAGUCGCUAGCUAGCUAGCGUUAUGCUAACAAUAAGGACCCGGGCACAGAUAGCCUGUUAACUAGCUAGGAAACUAGCUACAUCCUUAAAAUAUACAGUUUAGCUAACGUUACGUCCACAAAACAAAUAUGUUGUUUUCAUCUAAAGAGAGGUUAUUGCCAGAUAGCUCACAACAAGGUUCGUUUACCAACCGUCUGUUGAUGAAGCAACAGCGUUGUAAUUUAAAUGUAACUGAUGUUUUAAACUGUGACAGGUGUUCUGAUUGAAGCGCUAGCAGUCAGAGAAGUCGGUGGUUAAAUACCAAUUCUAAACGGUGUUGAGGUUUGGAAGAUAAGGAUUUCUGCUCACAGAUUGCUUUCAGCAGUGACGUUAUUUGGACCACCACUGGUACCAUGCCUAAUUCCUGUCCAAGGGAUGUUUUCGUUUUGAGCAGCACACUGUACUUCCAACUCCUGCAAGCUGUUUAACCUGGAGGGACUUUUUUAUUAAUUGUGUCCACUAUUGCUGCAUCAUUCAGACUUGCCAAGCUACAAUGGUGGUCAUGUGUUUUAACCAGUAGCAGCGCCUCAACCCCACCUCGACACACAGCAGUGGGCUGGCCGUAGGGCUAAUCAAGGAUUCUGAACUGGAGGACCACACAGACUCUUGACUCUUCUAACUUCUCUGCUGGAAUAGACUAUACCUGUUUCCCCCUCUCUCAGCCCCUCCCCCCCCUUACCUGCCUCCAUCCUCUCCCCCUCCUCCCCCAGUGUGUGAGGGUACAGAUGUGAGGAAGGCAGGAUGGGUACCCAGGGCAGCCCGGUGAAGAGUUAUGACUACCUGUUGAAGUUUCUCCUGGUCGGGGACAGUGAUGUGGGGAAAGGGGAGAUCCUAGACAGCCUACAGGAUGGAUCUGCAGAGUCCCCAUACGCUUACAGCAGCGGCAUCGACUACAAGACCACCACUAUUCUGCUGGAUGGGAGGAGAGUGAAACUGGAGCUGUGGGACACGUCAGGACAGGGGAGGUUCUGCACCAUCUUCAGGUCCUACUCCAGAGGGGCUCAGGGGAUCCUGCUGGUGUAUGACAUCGCAAACCGCUGGUCGUUCGAAGGCAUCGACCGCUGGAUACGAGAGAUUGACGAGCAUGCUCCCGGUGUACCUCGUAUCCUGGUCGGUAACCGGCUCCACCUGGCGUUCAAGCGUCAGGUUCCUACGGAGCAGGCCCGGGCGUACGCUGAGAAGAAUGGCAUGACCUUCUUCGAGGUCAGCCCGCUCUGCAACUUCAACGUCAUCGAGUCGUUCACAGAGCUGUCUCGCAUCGUACUGAUGAGGCACGGCAUGGAGAAGUUCUGGAAGCCCAACAGAGUCUUCACUCUCCAGGACCUGUGCUGCAGAGCGAUUGUCUCCUGCACGCCCGUCCACCUGAUUGACAAGCUGCCGUUGCCCGUGGCAAUAAAGUCCCACCUCAAGUCCUUCUCUAUGGCCAAUGGGAUGAACGCGGUGAUGAUGCACGGACGGUCCUAUUCGCUGGCCAACGCGGGGGGCGGGUCUAAAGGGAACAGUCUGAAGCGUUCUAAAUCCAUCAAACCCCCCCAGAGCCCCCCACAGAACUGCACACGCAACAACUGUAAAAUCUCCUAGUGAUAGACCCUGUCUGGGGGAGGGGGGAGACUGACCCCCUAAACACACUGAAACAGACAGACAAGCUGAGGAGAGGAUGUGUAGGGCCUGUGGAGAGAACUAAGUCUGAGACCUACCCUACACCCUGAAGGGAGGAGAUACUCUGAAACAGACCUAGCCCUUACCCCAUACCCUCACCCUGGGGGAGGAGAACAAGAGGAGGGUGGUGAAACCUACUGUAGGAGGAGGAGGGGGGAGGUGUGUGUACACAGACUUGAGGAGACCCGACCAGACAUUUCUGGUCAACCCUCGUCCAUAGGAGGGGUUGUGCUGGAGUAGUAAUACACCCAGAAUACAUCCAUAAUACACCACACCCAGAAUACAUCCACAUCCAGAAUACACCCACACCCAGAAUACAUCCACACCCAGAAUACAUCCAGAAUACAUCCACAUCCAGAAUACAUCCACAUCCAGAAUACACCCAGAAUACAUCCAGAAUACAUCCAGAAUACAUCCACAUCCAGAAUACAUCCACACCCAGAAUACAUAUACACCCAGAAUACAUCCACAACCAGAAUACACCCAGAAUACAUCCACAUCCAGAAUACAUCCACACCCAGAAUACAUCCACAUCCAGAAUACACCCAGAAUACAUCCACAUCCAGAAUACACCCAGAAUACAUCCACAUCCAGAAUACAUCCAGAAUUCAUCCACACCCAGAAUACAUCCACAUCCAGAAUACACCCAGAAUACAUCCAGAAUACAUCCACACCCAGAAUACAUCCACAUCCAGAAUAUACCCAGAAUACAUCCACACCCAGAAUACAUCCACACCCGGAAUACAUCCACACCCAGAAUACAUCCACAUCCAGAAUAUACCCAGAAUACAUCCACACCCGGAAUACAUCCAGAAUACAUCCAGAAUACCUCCACACAACCCUACUGAGUUCUAGUGCUUUCCCCUCCUCUGUCCUUCUUCCCUCCCUUUCUCUCUCUGUUGAUCAGAGUGUUGCCUCCUGCUGUCCCAUGAUUCAUAUGUUAAAUAAUAGAUGUUCUCUUCAUGGAUCUCUGACGCUUUUUACAUCCCUCUGCCUGCUUUCUCUCCUUCUCUCUCUCCUCACUCUGCCUUCUCUCCCUCCUUCUCUCUCUCCAUCUCCCUCACUGCCUGCUUUCUCUCCUCACUCUGCCUGCUCUCCCUCCUUCUCUCUCCCUCCCUUCUCCCUCUCUUCCACUUUACAUCUAUUCAUCUCCCUCACUUUGCAUUCUCUCGCACUCCCUUCCUCUUUACCUCCCAUCUCCCUCCCUCCUUGUUCUUUACCUCCCUCCUUCUCCCUUCCCUACCCUCCUCUCUUAUCCUUUUGUCUUCUCUCUCCCUUUUCUCUUCUCCCCAGAGUCAUCCAGUCUGCCUGCCAGUUUUCCUCUCAUUCCUUCCUUUCUCUUGCUCCUCCUCUCCUCUCUGCACCAGUUUCCAGUGCAGCCAGUGAACGUCACCCUAUUCCCGACACAGGCUCUGGUCUAAAGUAGUGCACUGUGUAGGGAAUAGGGUGCCAGGGCCCAUAGAGCUCUGGUCGAAAGUAGUGCACUAUGUAGGGAAUAGGGAGCCAUUUAGGACGUAGUCCCAGACUCACCCAAUGAAGCCUGGUUGUCAGGCUGAGUGGUGUUCUCUUCUCACUGCAGGGCGGCCAUAUUGUUUUCCUACACAGACAGUCAGCGACGUGAGCAUGGAGCCCCAGAGUUUCUCCUAUUCAGGGAAAUCUCCUGGCCCUCAAAGCUAUUUUUCUCCCUUAUUGUUCUGUGUUUUACUGAACUAACGUGUCCCUCUGGUCUCAGAGAGAGAGAGAGGCUGCAGUAUCAACCGCUAGAAGGGCAGACUCUUCUAUGGAUGUAUGAAUGUAUGAAUGGCCUUUUCUCAUUUGGGAAAAAGUCUGUCCUCUCUCCGUCUUCUCUUCUGCUUGAUCCGGAAACCGAUAAGUGGCCGAGUCGUGCCAAUUAGUUAGUAGACGAACGGAAGAGGCUCCUCCCCUCCUCGAUAGCCACCUUUCACCAAGGAUAGUUAUGUGAAUCCUACCUGAGUCCCUCACGGAAAUACUUUUGAAAUGUUUUUUUUUUUUAUUAUCACGUUACACAUUUAUUGGGGAUUCCACCCUGUAGACAUCAUUUGCCUGAUAAUGCGUGAGUGGAGAGGAGUCUUAAUUUUAUACAAGUAGCAAUUUCAUCCACGUUCCCUUCUCGCCACCUCUCCUCCAUGACCUUUUACAAAAGGAGGCGAGAGAGGAUGGAGGAGUUGAGUUAAUGUAUUGAGAAAGGGUCUUUGUUUUAUGUAGUUUGUAUGCAACAAUUGCAUCCAUCGCCUCAAAGUCCAGUAUUGUAUGAAUGAAGAAAAUAGGACUUUAACUCUGUCUGCUUUUUAUAAAGAAGCUUCUUCCCCACAGCCUUUUUCCAGGCCUCCCUCUCUGUGAGGUUCUCCUGGUUAGGCCACAUGGUCAGGUCAUGAGGUCAGGGAAAACCUCUAGGUCUGGUAAUAUCAAAAGGUUGUCAUGCUGUUCUCUGGACAGAAGCAUAGGAUGUAUCUCAAAUGGCACCCUAGUCACUAUGGUCCCUGGUCAAAAAGUAGUGCACUAUCUAGGGAAUAGGGUGCCAAUAGAGUGCCUAAUAGUGAUCUGUUAGUUGUAGACUGUAAAGGAGGGAAGAGGUGUUUGGUUCUUGUGCAGCACAUCAUAAUAUGGACCCACUACCUUCAUCAUGUAGUGAAGACGAGCUUUCAACAAAAUCUUUUCGUCCUUCAUUUGAAAACUUUUUGACAUUGUAAUGUGUUUUAUUACGACACCACCCUUUGAUGUUGACCUUAUAAUAGUCUGACAUUAGGAAGGCCUCAAAUUACACCCUAUUCUUCAAAAUAGUGCACUACUUUUUAAAACAAGUGCCCUAAUAUGGGUGAAUAGGGUGUCAUUUGAAACAGAGAUAUUAUAUUUUUUUCCUUCUCAAGUGAUUUCUCCAGAUGGGAUUAAUGUUAUUAUUAUGAUGGACUGUUAAAAAAAAAAAAAAAAAGUUUGCAAAGAAUGAUGGGAGAUGGAGUUUUGUGACCAUGUCAGGAGAAGGGCCCCGUUUGGGGGUGUCCCUGUUGUUACCUGAGUUGAGGUUGUUAAGUGCGUCCCAAAUGGCACCCUAUUCCUUAUAUAGAGCACUGCUUUUGAACAGAGUAGUGCACUUGAUAGGAAAUAGGGGGCCAUUUUGGACUAAGGGAAGAGAAAUGAUGGUGAACACAAAAUGUAAACACUAUGGGUGUGUCCCAAAAGAGUACUUUAUUACCUAUGUAGUGCAUAUCCCAAUGGGCCCUGGUCAAAAGUAGUGCACUACAUAGGGAAUAGGAUGUGAUUUGGGAUGUAAACUAUUUUCCUUUGGUUGUAGCUGCUGCUGGGUAAUUUAAACAAGGAGUGUGUGAUCGAGCGAGCGCAAGAGUGUGUUCUUAAAAAAAUAAAAAAAAAUAAACAUGUUUUUAAAUUAUUGAUUGUACAGUUUUAGGCUAGGGUAUGAAAAGCAGAGACUUUUUUCACAAUAAAAACUGUUCUUAACAUUA